AUGGCGGAAGUGGCAGAGGAGACCAUGCUGGAGAAUGAAGACUUGGACCUCGACGCGGACCUGGAUCUUGCUCGGCCGGAAGGGCUCCCCUUCGACCCACCCGAGGAAGUGCAGCAGCUUCUCCGACCGCAGGAUUGGGAUGCCCUGGCCCAGGCCUGGGAAGCAGCGGAGGCGCGGACGGCGGCAUGGCAGGCGCUUGGCGAAGGCCUUGGUCCGGGAGCAUGGCAGGACUCCGAUGGCGAGAGGUUUGUGGAGGCUGGCUCCCCGACUCCAGUGAAGAAGAAGAAAAGCAGACCCAAGUGGAAAGAGGACUGGAGCCUUAUCGGCUCGGAUAGCCGCCGGCCAGCGCCCCUGCGGAGGUACUUCGACUCCGUCCCAGCCGAGAUUCGACCUCCGGUUGAGCCCGUUCGACCUGACAUGCGGCGAGUGGAGCCGAAUCCCCGCUUCGUGGAAGACGACCGCUUCGAAGCACUGUUGUACGGCACCGGCUGGCUGGACUGCUGGGGCCAGAUUGGCUCGACGGACAACGACGCACUGCAUCCGCACCUGAGGCAUAUGUUCGACAAGCGUGGCAUUGAAUCCUCGUAUCGACAGCGUCCAACUGCGGAUCAUCCGUGGCUGCAGACGCUCCCGCCACGAACGCCGCAGCGGCCCUCGGCCAGGACGCUGAAGCAGCGCAUCAUCUGCCGGGCCACUGCGCAGAAGCCGCCUCCAGAUCCUUCGGAGCCUGCCAAGAGCAUCCCCUGGGGCGUAAGGUGCCUGCGGUAUGGUGCCGAUUUCCAGGCCCAUCGAAGCAUGCCUAGAGACGAGAAGAUUCCCUGGGUCUACGACCACAAUCGCAGUGAAUCAGAAGACAACACUGUGAUGAACCCGAUCUUGAGGCAUUACUUUGAUCAGGACGGCAUCGAAUCCUCCUUCAGGAACCGCGGGCGCCAAUUUGGUCGGCCGGUGAAGUCCGUCUUUGGCCGCGAGUUUUCGAAGCCGAAGUUCGUCUCCUUGGCCUCCUUGAGCACGGCUGCCAGCACUUCGCUGCAGGCAUCUCAGAGCCAGCCUUCACUGCGAAGUCCACAGGUCUCGCGGGCUGGUGCUGCGAGGAUUAACGACAAGCGUUGA